CUUAUUAUUGGCUAUGACUGGCUCCGCAAACAUAAUCCUUCCAUUGACUGGCAUGCUGGCAGUAUCACCUUUAAUCAUUGUCCACUUACAUGUCAUGCCAUGCUCAGAGAGAGAUCGUCACAUGAACCAGAGGAAGAACCAAAAGGAGAACAACAGAAAGCUGUAAGGGUAGAAGAAGGAGACCGUAUUUUUGUCACAAAGUUUAUGAGUGAAGGGGUUGAAGAGUGGCAUUAUUGGGAGCGCUUGAAGGAGCAGAUGAAGAUACGAGCUGUAGAAACUCAUUCACAAAAGUUAGCAGAGGAAGCAUUGAAGACAGGGAGAAAGAUGUCAUUGGAAGAACUUCUCCCAAAGUACCUUGAAGAUUUUAUGCCAGUGUUCAAAAAGGCUUCAUUCAAUCAGCUUCCAGAG